ACCCACAGGAGUUAAGCCGGGCGGGCUGCCACACAUUGGCAAGCUUAAGUGGAAAGACCAACAGAUCUACGGAUUUAAGACGGAGACGCGGCGUUUGCCGGCCACUCCAGAUAGCCCGGGAUGCACCUAAUCAGGUUCCGGCCCGGGCGGGUAACUCGGCCUGCUUCGCUUGCGGUUUUUCCGAGUCGGAUGGAUGCGCUUCCCGUCCUUAGUUUCCUCCCCCCUUAGCGAUUCUGUAACCAACGGGAACCGUGACUGACUGCUGUUGCGCGACUUACCCUGGCGUAGCACGCACCCACUCCGCCGUCCGCUCUACCUUAGUUUAGCUCGGAAUGUUGCCAGCUUCAAAACCCCAAACAUCCGUAACGACCCCGGAUCGGCAUUUUGACCAGUCUCGGACGUCGGAAAAUAUCAGCACGGAUGCGCCUCGUCUGAGAUCUUCCAUCAACACGGGGAGGUGGUCAGCGACCGAGGACGAUCGUCUGAGGGAAGCCGUGGCCAGAUGUGGUACACGGUGGGUGACCGUCGCUGCUGGUGUUGGCACGCGCAACGCUGAGCAGUGUGCCAAGCGAUGGAACGACAAUGUCAAUCCAGAUCUCGACCACAGUUUCUGGUCUGCCGAGGAGGAUAAGCUCCUCUUGUCCCUUGUCGGUGUCCACGGUCACAACUGGAAGCUCAUGGCCGAAAGCUUCCUCUCAGCGCGUGCGCCGCUUGCCAUCAAGAACCGCCACUCGCUACUGAUGCGGCGCCAGAAGCGGCAGAACGCCAAGCAGCAACUGCCGUCAACCGCGUUAUCCUGGGACCGCGGGCUGUCAACUUUAAACACACGUUACACACCUCCGACUGGGCCACAUCCGCCGUGUCGCGUGGACAUUCUUGGUAUCGCGUCCGCUAGUUCCAGCAGCUCGAGCAGCUCUCCAUUUCCCCUCCAAGGUCACGCAUCGGCCGAUUCGGCGAGUCCUCCUAUGCAUGCCGUCGGCGCGCCCUUUACGCCAUCCCAUCAACGGACAAUCACUCAUGAAGGCGGCGUAUCGACCAAGAUGAACUACGCGGUGGACCUCUCGGACCUACUACUCUCUCACGGGACCCCCGCGGACCAAGGCGGUCAUAUAAUGGGGAAUCAGUCCACCUUCUCGCCACCCGGCGGCGACCCAUCACAAAGCCGAGAAAUCGGAUAUCCAAGAUGGGACGGACACGGUCUCGGCAACGGUAUCGACCUCGGGAGUCUACUCGGCGGCGCCGAUCUACCCAUGCGCUCAGGGGACGGCGAUAACGUGAUGCUCGGCCCCGAUGGGGGGACCCAAGUCGGGGGUGGGAGCGAUAAAGGGAUCGAGUUUUCAGUCACUUGCUCGCGAUCGAAGCUGAAGGCCAUGGUGUGCCAUGCCUUCGAGGGUGCCAUGACGGAAACAGCAGAGUUGUCGGAAGAAGAACCGGUGACCGUUACAUUACGACUGAGAAGAUGAGAUGAUGUCGUUUACUUUGGGCGUUGUACAGGCAGGAACAGGAUUGGGUGUUCAUUCGUCAAACAGACAGGAAUUGAUUUAUUCGUAUCCAUGGUUCCUCCAUUUUAUGAAUCCCGAGUCCAGUGUUUUGAGCCGGACUCAUACAUCAAAAUAGGUACCUACCUAGACGAAAAGAUUUUGGAUAAAAAGCAAAAAGAAAACACUGAAACCCCCCUAUACGACCACUUACAAGUAGUGUAAUAAUAGCAUGGAAAGCGUCCCCAUAUCCACUAACAAGAAACAGGAUCCACGCCGACCACCGAACCGGACGACUCCACCUCCUUUAUAUCAACCUCCUCGAUAUCCACCCCCUUUAUAUCCACCUCCCCAUCCACCUCCCCCAC